UUGGGCAGCGCUCAUAGGCAGCUUUCAUUCUUGGGUAUGAAUAACAAGGAAACCAUUGGAAGUUUGCACUCGUGCUGGAUGAUUGGGCCUUGGAUGAGGCCGACGGUGGCGACGAUGCGGUUGGCGACGAUGCGGGUGGCGACGAUACGGGUGGUGUUCACAUUUUUGGAACUCAACAUAUUCGUGGUGUUGGCGUCGGGGGCGUCCGCAAUGGGGCUGCGACGGUCAACCACAUCAUGAGUCAAGGAAGGGGUGCUGAUGGUGUAUGGAAGGCGAACACCGCAAAGAUUUAUUUGAACGCGUACGCGAAGUGAAUCGAUGCGCUGGAGAUGGAAGGCAAUGAGGAGCGCCGAGAUCGAUUACAAGUGACGGACGUGACAAAGACCUUACAACUGAUCCAAGCGCAACAUGACCUGUGUUGUGAGAUGUUGGAUGUGGCGGCGAGCAAGCAGAUGUACACGGAAGCGGAGAUGGAGAACUACUUGGAGUGGUGGGAAUUCAAAGAGCGGGUCGGAGCAUGGUUGGAGGCUCAACCGGCACCCCGCGCUGACGACACUGAGAUGGCUUUCAGUGAAAUCCAGAGGCUGAUGACCGUCGCGGCGUUGCGUAUAGCGGUUUUUGACCAUGAACCCCGUCGACUGGAUGUGUUUGCAGCCGACGGUCGAAACUACUACGAGAGCGAGAUGCGGACAAUCAUCCUCGACGAGUACAAGACGGCCACGAAGUAUGGAACGCAACGUACUGUACUGUACUGUAUGCAAGUGUCAGAAGAGACGGGCAAAAUUCUGGAUAUCUUAAUCGCGUACGGCAAAAAGCAUGAUCGACAGUACGUGUUCGGGCCCUUGGAAGAACCGGAGACGUUCACCUACACAGCACAUUCGGCGUGGUCUAGUCGCUUUUUGAGCACCGCGAUGCACAAAGCGACAGGGAAGGCCAUCAACUGUGAUCUCCUGCGCAAGCUUUACAUUGAGUUUGCGCAAAAAGAGGGUUUGUUUGACGACCCGUUGGCGCGGAGGGCGAUUUCCAACCGGAUGGCACAUGACGUGCGGACGCAGGUGAAAUACUAUGCGAAAGAUGUCGGGCGGUCCGGCAAGAAGAGGAACGUAGAGGCCGUUGAUGCGGAUGCGGAGGCGGAUUCGGAAAGCGGAAGACAACGCAAGCGAACCGUGAUAACUGACGAGCAGAAGGCUGCCCUCUGGGAGGUCAAAGUCGAACAGGAGGCAAUGCAAGGGACUACCGGUUGA